AUGUUAAGAACUUUUGGAAAAAUCAAUGUGUGAGUCUCUACACAAGAAAUUACAAAUUAAGUUAGUUAAUUUACAUCUAUAAUAUGUUUUCAGGUUUAGUAAUCUGGUGCGUUGUUCUCCAUUGCGAGUAUGUUGUUAUGAAGUAUUUAAGGCUAAUGUACAUACAUCAACCAUGUUAAGAAAAAAGAGACGAUCAAAAGAUGAAAAGGUAAAUUACAAUAUUAAUUAGUUGCUUUAUAUUUUAUAAUUUACAUAAUUACCUUUUUUCUAAACAUUUUUGAAACGGUAGGGUGAAAUAUGAAAUUGACUUUAAAAUUUAAACACAAUUCUUUAUACUAUUUUAUUAUGUAGAACAAAAAAAGUUUAAAAUAGGUUUUUUGUUUGAUUUCUAAUGUAUUUUAACUUUCAAUAUUUUUAGAUCAACAAUAUCAAACCUGAAAUUGAUCUAAAUUUAAAAAAAAAAAAAACUAUUGAUGUUUGGAAAAGUAUGACCGUUUCAGAAUUGGCAAAUGCUACUAAAAUACCAGUAGGUAAACUAUGCAUUAACUGAAAAUAUUUUUAAUUAUUCUAAACAAUUUAAGAGUUCUGUAUUAUCAUAAGUUUAUUUUGUGUGCAAGCAGUGCUGUAUAUUUUAUUGAGAGGUAACUAAGGAGACUUAUUUGCUCAUUUGAUCUUUUUUUUUAGUAUCUAUUAUUUAUGACUACCUAUUUUUAAAAUUAAUUUUGAAUAUGUUAGUAUUCAUAAUUAAUACAUAAAGAAAACCUGACCAUUAUAUUAUGAAAUAGUUUAAAUUAGUACCUACUAACAGUAAAUAAAUUAAUAGUUAUUAUUUACUUAGGUAGAAUGGGUACCUACCUAGUUAUUUGAUUUCAAUGAUUAUCAGUGGCGCCAAAUCUGUAUAUUAGGUUUGGCAACUACCACACCUAAUUUAACGGGUGGGUAUAUCUUCUAGCAUUAGUAGUUUAGUAUAAAACAUUGUACAAUUAAUAUAAGGAGCAUUAUAAAUAACGCAAAUCAGUCCAUUCCUAAACUGCUGUAGCAUGCACUGAGUAAUUGCAUUAGUAAAAGCAGACAAAUAUAUAACUAUAACCAUUAGUUUAACGAUAAAUAACCAAUAGUACCUAAUCAGUUUUUAAAUCUACAAAAGCGGUUACAGUUAGGCUGCACGUAGGUUAUAUACAGUGAAAACAUGUACACGGUAGUAUUGUUAUUAUUUAACUACUUUUGGUUAUAAUAUAGUAAAACCAAUAGAUCCCUCGCUGUGCUCAUUAUAUAAAAUAUACAUCAUUGUAAAACCAAUACAUUCCUGUCUAUGUCAAAUGUCAAUAACAGUUUCUAAUGAUCAUAUAAGUCAUUUUUAUGCUCAUUACAAAUUAAAGUACCUAUUUAUACAUUAAAAUAUUAAAUGUUGCAAAAAUGUAAACAUUAUUCAUUAAAUAAUAUUUUAUAGUUAAAGAUAUUGGUAAUUGGUGUAAGAGGCAUAUCCCCUCACAUCAAUUUAGGUUUGAUACUGUGUAGAGGUAGGUGGGUAUAAAUUAAUGUUUAUUGCCGCACAUACAAAAAAUUAGUUCGGCACCAUUGAUCAUUAUAUUAGGAGAGAUUGCAUAUCAUAAAUAACUUACAAAAAAAAUAUAAAUUAUUAAUACAUUGUUUAGUUUGGGUACACAUAAUACAGUAUGAAACUAUGUAUUUCUAAAUUCAAUGUUUCUCAUCUGAAAAAUCCCAUUUUUAAUAUGCUAUUGUAUACAACAGUGGUUUUCAACCUUUUUGGGUUCACGGCUCUUCUGAUUUUGAAAACCAAAUUACUGGCUCCUUUACAAAUAAUAAUAUAAAUAAUAUAAAUUAAAAUAAAUAAAUUCAUUCUACUAUAUUUACUACAGAGGAGGCUCCCUUGAUAAUAAACCACAACACUCUUAGGAGCUGCGAUGCACAAGUUGAAAACCACUGGUACUAGUAUACACAAUUAUUGGUUUUAUACAAUUUUAAUCUCUGUUUAAAUUUAUUUUAAAUACUACUCCAUCUAUUUAUGGAAUUUUUAAUAUAGUUUGUCUUUUGAAAAUCAAAAGUCGGUAGUCGUUUCACCCCCAAAAAUUAGGAUGAAAAAAAUAAUGUGAAUGUUAAAUUUUAGUACAGCUUGUUUCUUAAAUGUUCUUUAAAUCAAAUUUCGAAAUUAAGUUAAUACUUUCCGAGAUAAUGAGUGUCUUAUGAUAAAUUGAUCACCCUGUAUGUAUCUAAAUAAAUAAAUGUGGAAUAUCUAUACAAUUUUAUUACAGAUAAUGUUAUUCAAAUAAUUGAAUAUGUUAUAAGUCCAAGUUUGAAUGAUAUUGAUCCUAAUGUUGCCAUAGAAAAUGUUCCGUUACUUCGUGAAAUUGUUAAAAAAUGUGGAUUUAAGUGUAAUUUAACAUCAAAUCCUAGUAAAAGUAAAAAAUCAUCAGAUAAUCAUUUAAAAGAUGCUGUUAAAAGGUAAAAUAAAUUUCAAUAAAAUUUAGAGUAUGUUAAAAAUGUUAAUGAUUUCAUAAAAAAAAAAUUUCUUUGUAUUUUGCCAUUAUUCUAAUCAUUUGGAAUUUACUAUAAAUUAUUUAAUAUUUUGUAUAGCAAAUUUAAUUGAAUUAUGUAAAUUUUACUGUAUAACUUUUAGACCCCCUGCCCCAUAUAAUUCUACCGUUAUGAGACAUCCUGUUGUUACAAUAAUGGGUCAUGUAGAUCAUGGGAAAACUACUUUAUUAGAUACUUUAAGAAAUGCAUCAGUUGCUAAAUCUGAAUUUGGAGCUAUUACACAACACAUUGGUGCUUUUCCAGGUAAUGAUAAUUUUAUUCACAAUAAAAUAUUUGAAUUUACUAAUCUUUAUUUUUUCAAUGUCAGUUGUUUUGGAGAAUGGAAAAAAAAUAACAUUUUUUGAUACACCUGGACAUGCAGCCUUUGCUACAAUUAGAAGUCGAGGUGCACAAGUUACAGAUAUUGUUGUAUUAGUAGUAGCAGCUGAUGAUGGAGUGAAGGAUCAAACUAUUGAGUCAAUACGAAUGGCUAAACAUGCCAAAGGUAUAUAAUAUAAUAAUAUACAAAUAAAUUAAGUGUAACAAUUUCGGUUAAUUCAAGUACAUGUUAUAAAUUAUAAAUUCUUUUAGUUCCCAUCAUCGUAGCUAUCAACAAAAUAGACAAACCUACUGCUAACAUUGUAUGCAUUUAUUAAUAAUAAUAAAAACUUGAGGAUUAUUUUGUAAAAUGUGUAUAUUUUUUUUUCAAGGAGCGUUGUAAAAAAAUGUUGCAAACUCAAGGUGGUUUGGAUCUUGAAGAAUUUGGUGGUAGUGUGCAAGUAGUUCAAAUAUCUGCCUUGCACGGUACCAAUUUUGAUGAUUUAAUUGAAUCAAUUUUAACACAAGCUGAAAUAUUAGAUCUGAGAGCUGAUCCUAAUCCUCCAGCAGAAGGUGUAAUAAUAGAAUCAAGAGUUGAUGAUCAAAAAGGGUGAGACCAUAAAAUAUAAUUUUUUUUUUUUUAAAAUCUAUAUUUGAAUAUAACUUAAGAUUACAUAUUAUACAGUGUGUAGGAUAUUUAUAUCAUUCUAACACAAAACAGAUUUUUUUAAUGUUUGUUAAUUUCUCUGAGGGGGGGAGGGAACAUAUACAUUGGGAAAAUGAUUUGAAGAAAUGAUAAACUGCUGUAAAGUAAAAUGUAAGAAAGUAAUAACAGGAACAAUACGAGAAAAUCCUUAAAUUUUUAUAAAAAAAAUUUACUUAGAUGUCCUUGUGUUAGGUUAUUUUUAAUUGAUUUUAUAUAAAUGUUCUAUACAGGAUGUAUUUAUCUUGAUAAUGUCAAUUUUUUUUUAAUGCAAAUUAUAAUUAAUAAAUUGUAUAAUGAUAUAACAUGAACAAUUAAAUUAAAAAUGAAUAUAACUUUUAAGGAAAUUAUUUUGUUUUAUUAAAAAAAUUAUUAGUUAUUAAUUUUUAGAUUCUAAGUGGAGCGAGAAAUGUAUUGGUUGUACAAUGAUAUAUUUUUUUUUUCUGUGAACAAAUUCUACCAGAAAUUUUAAGAAAUUUUGUUUCAAUUUUCAAGUGUAGCACUUUUUCUGAAAGGAAAUUUGAUUGGGGAGAUCAUUUUUUGAAUUCCUCAUGGGUUUUCAUAACUGGAAAAAAACAGAAAAAUGUGUAAAAUAUAUUAUUUUCAAAUUGUAAAUAUUACGGCCUUUCAAAACAUGUAUAACCAAAUUUUGCUCAGAAUUGUCUUUUAUUAACAAAGAUUAAUCGUUGCGUACAGAUAUACAUUAUAUUUCCCUCUUUGUCCUACCUUCACAACUACUCACCUACUACAAUGGCUCACACAUUGUGUAAAGUAUUACCAUAUAUUUUUAUCUAUAAUAAGCAUUCAUGUAUUUAUUUUUUUUUAGAAAAUUAGCAACAGUUCUUGUCCAACGUGGAAAAUUAUUAAAUAAUAGUAUACUUGUUGCUGGUACUGCAUGGGGAAAAGUACGAAUAAUGAUGGAUAAUCAAAAUAAUGUACUUAAGGAAGCCAAUCCAUCUGAUGCAAUUCAAAUACUAGGAUGGAAAGAUUUACCACAAGCUGGACAAGAAUUCUUACAAGUUUCUUCUGAUGUAAUUAUUUUUAAAUAUAAUUAUAUUAUUUUUUUUUAUUCAUUAAUUUAGUUGUAAUAAUAUUAGUUUUGAAAAUUGUUACUAUAGAAAUGUGCACGGGAUGUAGUCAAUUAUCGUUUAUCUAAGAUUAUUGAAGAAAAACAAAUUGAAGAUAGUGUUUAUAUAUCCUCAAAACUUGAAGAGCAUAAUAAGGUAAAGGAAAUCACUAUAAAGGACUACAUAAAUAUUAUUUUCUACAAAUUUUUGUUUUAUCUGUUUAUUUAUUUUAGUCUGAACUAAAAAAAAUGGAUUAUAUGAAUUUAAAAAUAUUAAUGUACCAUUAAAUCAUUUCUUCACAGAAUAUCAUACUUUAUUAUUUAUGUUAAACUAGCUUGAAUAAGUCAUAUUUUUAAUAUAGUGAACAUUCUAUUCACAGACAUUUCCCAAAAAUGGACAAUGUUUAAAAAUUCUCUAUUUAAAGAUUAACUGUAUGUGUGACUAAUCUAACAGACAUUUUAAAUUUUAUUCUGUGGUCCAGGAUUAAAAGUUAACACUGUAUAGCGUGUAUAUAAUUUUUAAUAUAAUGUGUAAAUACUCUAAAUCUUAAAACAAUGGUACAAUUACAAAUAAAAAUACACAUCCAUACUUCAUAUGAUGGGUGGGCCAUUUUUGUAGGUUAGAAAUUGUGAAGGUAGGAUAUAGAAGAGAAUUUAAUUUAUAUCCGUAAGCAACGACUAAUUGUUAAUGAAAAAUAAUUCUGACUGGUGCCCGGUCAAUAAUAUUACUUUUUCAGCAAUGUGUGAUUUGAAUAAUUAAUGAUUUGAAGAUUAAAAUAAUAAAAACUUAAUAAUUACAAAAAAAUAAAUAAAAAUGGUUGCCUUAUUAUAAAUCUUUUAAUCUUUUAAUCAUUUUUAACAUAAAGAAUCAGUUUUUGCUCAUUAUCUCGAAUAUAAACAAGAAUUUCAAAAAUAUGAAGUACCAGUUAGAGCCACAAUUCAACAAAAAAGAUCUCUUUUCAUGUUUUGAUUGGAGCUAAAUUUUUAAGAGAAAAAUUAUUUACUGAUAUAAAAUACAUAUAGCAAAAACAAUAGAUCCCUCGCUUCACUCAGAGUCUAAAAGUAAAACAUUUUUUUUUUAAUAUUCUUUAAAGUUGCGUUUAUAUUUUUUAAAUCAAGUAAUUGCAUGAUGUGUAAGUAUGUAUGGAGAAUGGAUCUUACAUUGCAGAGAUAUUUUAAAUGAACAUUAUAUUAUUAAAUAAUGAAUACAUAACCAAAAAAAUAACUACACCUAUUAUAAUAGAUUUCUUCAUACAUAGAUUUACAUGUUUUAAAAUGUAUUUUGUUUUAGGAGUAUAAGGUACAUUUGGAGGACAAAAGAAAAGGUAGAAGGUUUAGAAGAAGUAAAUUUAGUCAAAUUUUUCAAGAAAAACAAUUAGAAAAUAAAAAAAAAAAUUUAGUUCAAGAAAUUUGUUUAAAUGUUGUCAUUAAAGGUAAUUAUGAAAUUAAUCUCGUAAUAUUUUUCAUCUUGGGUAUUUUUGAGUAAUGUUAAAUUAAAAAGUUUUAAAUGUUAAAAAAUCUAUGAUUUAAAUAAUUUAAAUUACUAUCUGUAUCAACUUACCUAUUAGUUAAGUUUUUGCUUGGAACUGUUUAAUCAUGUAUUUUAUCACAAUUCUCCCCCCCUCCAAAAAAAAAAAAAAUAAUAAAACUUGUAAAAUUAAUAGAUUCCUUGGUGUUUGCACCAUUCAACAUCUUACAUAAAUCAAUCAUAGAAAUUAAUUUUUAAAUUUAUCUAAUAUACAUUUGAAAUUUAGGUGAUGUUAUUGGAUCUAUUGAGGCCAUCUUAGAUGUAUUGGAUACUUAUGACAGUAAUUUAUGCAAAUUAGAUAUUGUUCAUUAUGGUAUAGGAAAUGUCAGUUUGUCUGAUAUUGAGUAUGCUGAUGCGUUCAAAGGUAAAUUAAGCUAUUCCAAUUAUAUAGUAUACAUUUUAUGUAUGUAUGUAUGUAUGUAUGUAUAUAUAUUAUAUAUACAAAAAAAAAGUUUUAUCAAAUAAAAAUGUAAAUUUUAUUAAUAGUAUAAUACAGUAGACAUUUUAAGUAUCAGUAAUUUGAAUUUAAUUGUUUAAAAAGAUUAUUAAUAUUAUUUUGUAUUUGAUAUUGUAUACAAUGUACUAAAAGACCAAAUUGUGUUACUUACUAGUUACUACAUAUUAUACAACUUUUUACUGGCUGUUUUAAUAUAUUUAUAAAAGUGUUUUAUUAUUGUAUAGUAUUUGUAUGGAUUUAAAACAUUCAUAUUGUGCUAUUUUAUUUAUGUUUUAGCUAUAGUUUAUGCUUUUAAUGUUGGUACAUUGAAAGAUGCAGAAGAAAAUGCUAAACAACAAAGUAUUACUAUUAAAGAACAUAAUGUUAUCUACAAAUUGAUAGACGACAUAAAAGAAGAAAUGAACAAUUGUCUACCUCCAAUUGAGGUUGAGGACAUACAAGGUAUUUAUUAAACUAUUACUUAGUUAUGGGUACAUUUUUUUAAAUAUUAAUUUAUCAUUAUAUUUUUUGUAUUUCAAAGGGGAAGCCAGUGUAUUACAAGAAUUUUUAAUAAACGAAAAUAAAAAACAAAUUCCAGUUGCUGGUUGUAGGUGCAUCAGUGGUACAUUGAAAAAAGCUGCACUUUUUAAAGUAGUCCGAGAAGAUGAUGAAGUUAUUUAUAAGGGUAUGCAAUAUUAAUAAAUUAAUAUUAAUAAUAUAUUUAAUAAUUUAUUUAUAAAAAAGGAAAAUUGUCAUCUAUGAGACAUCUAAAAGAUGAAGUGUCCACUAUCAAGACAAAUAUGGAAUGUGGGUUACGAUUAGAAGAUACAAGUAUCAGACUGCAACCUGGAGAUAAAAUAGUGUGUUACACAUUGCGAGAAAAACAACAAGAAAUUGACUGGGAAACUGGUUUCUAA